CACUGGACAAUCAAAGUUCCCAGGAUUUCUUCCAACCGAUACUUUCCUCUCUUACAUCAUUCCAGCUAAAUGCAGGGAGUCCCAUGUUGUUCGAUGCUUUCCUCCCGAUAACACAGAGUACUGUCAUUUCUACUCGUUGGAAACUCUACUGCAUGGGAUGUACACUGAAACUCUUAAUAUACAUCCUUCUACAAGAGAAAUGCUUGCAACACUUGACAAUUGGUUAGGGGAGAGACACUCUCAAGUUAAUGCUAUCAAUCAGUUAUUCCAACCUCCAGUUGCUCAAAGAACCAUCUAUGCAGUAGCCAAUCCAUUGCAUAGUGAAAACAGUGAGUCAUUUGGAAAAUAUUGGAAGAAAUUUGAAGAAGAGAAAGUCGACAAAUUUGUUGAUAACCCUUUAUUUGGUUCUGGUUUGAAAUUUAAGGACACGCCUGAAAUAUACAUAGUGAAUAAGUACUUUGGUAUGGGAGUUCCAGAUUAUGAAUACAUAGGAAUGAGAAGUCAACACCGAACUUAA